AUGGACAACGCAACCGAGCUCGAAAUUACAUCGGAUAUUGUCAAACUGAUUUGCAGUGAAUAUCUAGCACCUCUUCCCACCUUGUUCUUGUAUCAGCGUGUUUGUAAAUCAUGGCAACAAAGCCUGAUCACGGUGCUGGAAGAACAAGGCCCAGCUUUAUUUCAACAUUUACAUUUCGGAAUUAAUAUGCUAACUCCUUUACUAGCAAAAGUGCGAGAAGAUGUUGAUACAAACGAUGAAGAGAAACUGAAGCACCAAGAAUCAGAAAAGAAACCUAGUGAGGAGGAGAACACAAGUGAACGAACGGAUGGGACCAACGAGGCUGAGCUUAAUGCUUCUAUACUUCAAUCAAAAGAUAGUAACGCCUUUAUCAUCAAUACAUAUGGUUAUCGCCUCGAAAUCAAAAGAUACUCACACACCUACUUUCACUCAUUCUUGGACAGCUUUAACAAAUUUGGCAUUGGCAAACAUGUCAAGAAAAUAACUCUUCCUUCGAUUAGAAUCGGUAACGAAUUAAUUUAUUUGUUAUGCAAAUAUUUUGUGAAUUUGCAACACAUUGUCUUUGCUUUGUGUGAGCCAGCCACCUUUAGAAAGAUACGAGAGCUGGUAGAUUGGAAAACGAUUGGACUCGAGUUAUCGAAAGAGAGAAGUACUGACAGCGAUAAUACUGCACCCUAUUCAAUCAAACAGGUCACUCUCAUUACGCAUGAAAAAGUUGAAAAAUACUAUUUUAAACGCGACGCAAGCUACCUAUUAAGCUCUUUCAUCAAGAACCAGCCACCUGUUAAUUUUUAUACCUUAGACACAUUCUGCCCAGAUUGGUUACAAUUCAUUGAUCUUUUUGAGUAUGACGAUCCAUCUUAUGUUUCCUUGUUAAAAACGUAUUCCAUUGAGAAUGAAAUUCCUAAAGAAUUACACACGCAACGAUUUUUAAUCGACAUGUCCGAAUGGGAUGAGUAUGAUGACGAAGAGUUUAACGAAACAUAUAUACAUCCAAUGGUUAAUAUUUUAACAGAACAGUGGAAAGGGGACAUUGAACAUUUUUAUAAGAAUAACAUACUGUCUAUUCAUCAGGUACUUUCAUCUCGAUUAGGCUAUAAUAUUGGACAUGCAUUAGCUGCUUCACUGUGGUUCAAUUUGCAUGAAAACAUUAAUCAAAAGAGAAUAACUGAAGAGAAUGUUACGAAAUGGAGAAAUAGUCAAACAUUGAAAAAUAUAUUGGAAGGACUAAAGUAUUUAAUUAGUAGAGGAUUGAAUGUUGUUACUAAAAAAGACAAGUUCAAAGGUCUUACGAUACUUCAGAUGAUACAAAUGUCGGACCGGCUUGUGAAGAACCAAGGAUGGAGUAUUUGUCCAACGCUACUUGAUGAGGUCAAAGAAAUGAUUCGAUUACAUUCAGUUUCGAACGUGCUUGAAGAUUUUGUCUCGCUAGAUACUGAGCAAACCACCAAGAAAAAAAGAAAAAAGAAAGAGGAAGAUUUUUCAUUCGAAGAGGAAGAGAUAGAUGGUGAUGAAGAAUCCUAUGACGAGGAAGAACAAGAUUAUUCACCAAAGAAAAAGAAAAAAAAGCAAUCCAAAAAGUCUUCCAACACGCGAAAAACGUCAUCCAGGAAAAAGAAAUAG